GAAGACAAACAACAACAACAACAAUCUCCGUUCCCAUCCUCUGCUGCGCUCUUUCACCAAUAAAGGACUCUCAUCUCAAGGAUCGAAGGCACGUGCAGAGCGAGUCGAAGAUGCGUAGGAAGCGCGGCACCAGCACCAGUAGCAGUUCUGGCGGAAGCGUUGUGGCUUGCGGAAGAGAAUCGAAGCGGAAACAUGUGUCGCGCCGUGGUCAUCGAAGCUCCAGCAGCAAUGCGAGCAUCGAGAGAGAAGGCAGCAGGGGCCAAGGCGAAGGAGGCAAGCGUGUGCAUAAAUCGAAAAAACAAUGCCGGACAUCUCCCCGAGGCAGGUCAGGCACCAGAAAUCGCAACAAUAGCAGCAGGUCAAGCCGCCGCCGCCGCCGCCACCGCAGCAGCAGCAGCAGCAGCAGCAGCAGCAGCAGCAGCAGUCGCAGCAGCAGUAGCAGCAGCAGAUCUAGCAGCAGAAGCAGGAAACGAAAGUUGCGGGGGCGCCGGCGGACGGGGGAGGCAGCGAGGGCUCUUCGUUCCGAUAGCAAGCCGAGGAGGGGGGGGGAGCGAGACAGGACGAACAAAAGGAGCGUGAAGAGGAAGAGGAUAACACACAAGAAGAGAUCAGGCGACCGGGCUUCACCGUCGCCGCCACUGCCAAUGCCGCCGCCCAGCGAUGGCAUGGACGCCGAAAGGGAACGGAUGGGAGGCAGACGUCGGGACAAAGAGUCUAGCAAGAAGAAGAAAGGCGAGAAAAAGGACAAGAAACCCAAGCGGAAGCAAACGCCUGUUGCACAGACGGCAAGGUCCCCCACUCCUACAAACACCGCCGCUGGUGCCGCCGCCACCGCUGCCUCCUGUGACUGCCCCGAGAAGAGAAGAAACGGGGCAGAAGAUGGACUCAACACCGACUACCGGCAGAGUACGGCAACCGGUGGUUUCCUUCCCUCGUCUCGUAAUAACGCCGCACAGGCGCAAGACCCGUCAAACGCCACCACAAUUACUGCCGAAAGACCGGCAGAUAUGGAAACCAAGGCGGCGAGGGCAAGGGCUAUGGUACCCAUGCGACCGGAGGAGUAUGCUGCACAGAAGAGGACAGUACGGCAGGUUUUCGAUGAAGACACUGGGCGGUGGAGGCUAGUAAAGGGCACGGGAGAAAUCAUCGAGCGGAUAGUCUCACGCCAGGAGCAGCAGGAAAUCCAGCGGCACGCUUCCAGAUGGGGUUGGGACCACAAGACGCUCUCAAGGGACCCCGUGGGAGAAUGAAAAUCAAACGCUCGCUUGCUUCAGAGGUUGCGUCAAAACGGAAUGAAUCACCUUACCCUUGAC